AUUGCGCAUCUGCGAAGUUUAUUUUAAAAGUUCGAUUUAAUUGGAUUUUCUGAAUUCGUUUUUGAAUAAAUGCAUUAAAUAAAGAGUCAUAAAAUGAUAACAGAUUAUCCUUACUCACUAGUGGUAUUUAAUAAAUUAAUCUAACCACAUGCAGCUAACUUCGUUUAAUAUCAGUUGUUAACCUCAAAAUCAAAAUUGUGUUUGAAAAAUAAAAGAAAGAAUAAUGAUGGAAUUUCCACACGAUUCUGUUUCUUUAAACGACAGUGCCAUCAUAUUAAGUGAUCGUGGUCUUAUUAAAAAGAAACUAAGUUACAACGAAGUUUAUGAAAUAAAAAAUCUUAUAACCAAUUUUAUUUCAAAUCAUAUCACAAGUGAUAACCAGUGCAUCGGUUUACGAAUGACCCACAAUAUAUACAUUCCUUCCAUUAUUUUAAGUUUACAGGAAUUACAACACUGUUUCAUUUUCCUACCUUUGGAUGAUAAAGAAACACUACAUACAAUAGAACAGUUAUGUAUAACAUGGGUCAUUUCAUUUAGAAACAAUGAAAAAUGUGUUGCCACACUCACCCUAAAUGAAGAUAAACUCACUUUGGAAAAGCACUGCUGUAAGCAGACUACAACUUACAAAGAUUUGUAUUACAUAAUUAAAACAUCAGGAACUACAGGUGAAAGCAAAUAUGUAAAAGUUGGAAAAGAGAGUAUUGAAAGCAACAUAACAAGCUUAAGCAAAAUUUUUAAAAUUCAAAAAACGGAUGUAAUUUACUUUGGUACAACACUAACAUUUGACCCUUCAAUGGUAGAAUUGUUACUUGCUUUAAACAAUGGGGCUUGUCUCUUAAUCACAAUCUCAAAAUCACAGAUUAAUCCUACGUAUCUCUAUGAUACUCUCUUUCAUCCCCACAAUGGAAUAAACGUCUUACAAAUUGUCCCAUCAUUGUUUUCAAGAUGGUCUGAACAACAAAUUAUAGACAUUUUGUUAAACAAAAAAUUAAAUAUUCUUGCUUUUGGGGGUGAAUGCUUCCCACAAUCUCUAUUAAGUUACAAAAGAUCUGAUAGUUUAAGAAUUUUUAAUUUGUACGGCAUUACGGAAAUAUCAUGUUGGGCCACAAUUUUUGAAGUUGGAACAGCAGAAAUUGAAAACGUUCCUCUGGGUGUUGCACUGGAUGAUACAUUGGUAGAAAUAAGAGAUGAAUCUGGAAAUCCGAUUAAUGAUGGAGAAGGCGAAAUUUACAUUGGAAGUACAAACAGAAUUUGUUUUGUAAAUGAUGAAAUAAAUCCUCGCUUUCGCGCAACUGGCGACAUUGCAGAGAUUAAUAAUUUAGGCAUUUUCUACAAAGGGCGCAAAAACGACGUUAUUAAGCGCUUUGGUCAUAAAUUACACUUGUCUUAUAUUGAGCAAAUGGUAGAAAAAGAAACGACUUUAUCAAACACAUGUGUUUGGUUGAAAAGUCAGUCCAAAUUAUUACUAUUCCUAAUAAUUGAGACCUUUGAUGAACAAACAAAGAAUAAGAUUUUAGAUAAAGUGCGAAUUAAAUUGUUGCAUACUUUACCAAAACAACACUUCCCAGAUUACAUAGAUAUCGUUCGAAAAUGCCCAGUCACCUCACAUGGUAAAAUAAACAAAAACGCGUUGGAGUCUAUUUAUUUAAACAGAAGCCAGACUGUUAAAAAAACAGCUACCGACAUCCUGGAAUCGCUGUUUUGUAAAUAUUUUGGCAUAAGCAAAAUUCAUUUAAGAGAGUUACAAGAAGCAACUUUUUUUGACUUGGGUGGCAACUCGAUUCUCGCAGUUCAGUUUUUGAAUGAAUUUAGAGAGGAAGUAGGAGCAGAUUGCCCAGAUUUUGUUACAGCGUUGUUUGAGAAAGACAUUGCUACAUGUUUUCAAAACAUCCACUGUGUACAAAUAAAUAAAAGAAAACGUUCAACCUUUAAAAAUGACCACAGUAAUGCUGCCAAAAAAACAAAAACUGAUGUAGAAUUGAAAAUUGCGUGGACAUACAAUUUACAAGCGUGUGUGGAUUCUUCGCCCCUAGUCUUUCAACUUAAGGAACAAAUUUUACUUGCUGUUGGGAGUUUUUCACAUAUCUUCGUCGUAUUAGAUGCUGUCAAAGGUGAAGAAAUAGCUAAGUUUGUCCUUCCAGAUGUUAUUGAGGCAUCUCCUUGUGUGUCUUCAUGUUGUAAUUAUUUAUAUGUAGGUUGCUUUGAUGGAUGCUUAUACUGUCUUGAUUUUAAAAACAACAGUAUUAAAUGGUUUUACCCAACGUGUGACCGGAUUAAAUGCAAACCAGCCCUCUGUCAAGAAUUUACAAGUAUAGUGUUUGGAUCUUAUGACAAACAUGUUCAUUGUAUUAACACGAAAAAUGGUUCUUGCGUUUGGAAAACUUCUGUGGAAGAGAGCGUAACCGCCACACCAGUUGUAGAAAAGAAGAAAAUAUAUAUUGCCACCAUUUGUGGGUCAUGUCUGUGCCUGUCAGAAACCAAUGGAGACAUUUUGUGGAGGUUGAAGACCGCCAAUCCGAUAUUUGGUUCACCAUGUAUCAUUGACGAUACAAUCGCAUGGCCGAAUGUAAACGGUUGUAUUUUAUUUUUGUCAAGUAAUGGUGACAAAAUCGAUGAAUUUAAGUCUAACGGAUAUUUAUAUUCUUCCUUAAUACGAUAUAACGAUAUGAUCAUUUUUGGAAGUCACAAUCAUAGUUUAUAUAUUUUAGAAAUUGAUAAUGGUCAUCCAAAAAUCAAAAAGAUUGUAGAACUGAAUGACGUCUUGACGACACCUUGUGUAUUCAGCGAUCGAAUAGCAGUUGCUGGUAAUUCUGGACGUAUUUUUUUAGUGGACUUUGAAGGUGCCGUGGUGGCUGAUACACUUAUUCCUGGGAAUAUUUUUUCUUCGAUAGUUGUGCACGAUCAGAGACUUUUUGUUGGAUGUAGAGAUAAUAAUUUAUAUUGUAUUGAAGUUAAAAAAUAAAAAUGUUUUGUUUUAA